UGCUUUUUUCAUUAGAACGGAAAUAAUGUGGAAUGAACAAGCUCAGAGGAAACAUAGGACCCCACUGUCGCUGAUUGGAUAUAUUGAGGGAAAUAAGUUCAUUAACGCAUGGUGAUGUUAUCACGAGUAUUAAAGGGCUGCAAUGUUGCUUGUCUACUGGUUGUUUCUUAUUUCGGGUAAGUUAGUAUAUUUAUUUUGUUUCCUUUUAUCUUAUUUGUGUUCGAGAAAACGCUUUUCAAAAUGCUCUGUUGUAGAAAUAACUGAAGGAAGUACCGGUAAUAACUGUAUAUUAAACGUAUUGAAUUCACUACCCCUCUGGCAUCGUCAAUGCUAGUUGCCUAAGAAAUUUAGGCCAUUCGAAGAAUAAUCUCAAAUUAUAAACCAAAUUCAUCAUCACUUCAAAUACCAUUAAGCCCUUUUGUAACAUUGUCUUUAAUGUUUUUAAUAACUAUUUUUAUUUAACUUAUAGUGGCCUUGCCGUGUACGUCACAUAAAUUGGACAUAAAAAAGUUUUCUACUCUCACAUCAACGACGCUUAGAGCUUAGAGAAACGCACGCUAUUAGUCGAUAUCGAUCAAGUGGUUAAAAAUUAAAUCUCUUUUAUUUUCCAUGUAAAAUGUCUUAAGUUUAUCCGUACAUGUAUGUAGAGUACCCAUCGCACCCUGCCUGCCUCGAAUAGCUUAAGCUAAAUGCAGGUAGUGUGUAUGUUUAAUGUAUUUCAUUGCUUUUAAUAAAAUUGUUGUUUUUGUUGGUCGUUACGGUGAAAAUAUUUGUUUAGUUUGGUAAUGCGACAUGAUUGGCAACGGUGUUAGGAAGCCGUUGGCCGCAGUAACAAAUAGCGAUAGUGUUAUUUUUGCAGCAGUGUUGUUGAUGUCUAUGGAAGAACGUAUCUGGGAAACUGCCCUACCCCUCCCCUAAGCCAACAAGACAACACAACAACACUUUGGCUUAGGGGAGGGGUAGGUGGGCAGUUACCCAAAAAAGGUAUAAUGAUGCUCUGUUAACGACUCAGUUUCCAUUUCCUUUUUUUUUCAGACAUUCUUGGUUUUAUCGUGGCAACCGAGUAUCACAUAGUUGAUACUAAAACGACCUGGAUAGAAGCAGAAGAACUAUGCAAAAGCAAUGGGUCUAUUUUGGCCCUUCUUGAUUCCCAGCCAAAGAUUGACGAACUGGCGGAAAGACUGGUAUCUCUAAGAUACAAGAAUUCUGAUAAAUUCUGGAUUGGACUCUCCUUUAACGUGACUAUUGGACAGUUUGUGUUGAGUAACGGAACUAUAACCCAGGAAAACUUCGACAGUUUAAGGUGUGGGAAAAAGCCAGGAGCCAGCCACAAUCACUAUUGCUAUAUAUUGCAGGAUAUAGAUUAUUCUUCGUCUCCAUGUAUUUUAGGAAAGAACUGCCACGAUAAAAAAUAUGGCUAUAUCUGCCAAAAUAGCUCCACAGGUAAGGUUUUAAACCAUAGUUAUAGUCAAUUAAUAAGUUGGAGGUUUAUUCAUUGAAAUGGUCACACCUCAGCUAACCAGUCGACCAGUGAUUCAGUGACUUUUAAGACUGAUUUUUGAUAGUAAUACCUUAUGGUACCGCUGACAAAUCUCGUCAAAUGGGAAGGAGAGAUAUUCAACAAUUAUUCCUCGAGCCCGAAUGGGCUCAUCCUCGGAGACCCAGGGGCAGAUAGUGGGGGCGAGGGAAAGUCUAAACCGGCGGAAAAAUGUGGCACGAAGAAAAGUAAAGAACGGCGAGAAUAGCCCCUGGGGACAAUGUCUUACCAGACCAGUUCCAAACGGUCGCCGCCGUUCUGGCUUCUGAUUGGUGCCAGAAAAACACAAGUUUUCUGGCACCAAUCAGAAGCCAGAACGGCGGCGACCGUUUGGAACUGGUCUGGUAAGACAUUGUCCCCAGGGGCUCUUCUCGCCGUUCUUUACUUUUCUUCGUUCCAUAUAUAUUUUUCCGCCCGUUUAGACUUUCCCUCGCCCCCUUUAUCUGCCCCUGGGUCUCCGAGGAUGGAAUGGGCUCUGAGUCGGCCGAAUGGGCUAUUGACUCAGAGGCCAUGAGGGCUCGAGGAAUAAUUGUUUCAGUAAAAUCCAACUAGUUAGUCAAAAAUAUCGAGAAUGGAAAAAAUUAAAGUUAAAAUUAAAAGCUAAAAUUAAAGUUAAAGCUAGACUUUAAUCCUUUUUUGCCACCAAAAGGCCCGCGCUUUUCGCUACUAGUGGGCUAUAACAUAUAGCCUAGCAGUAGUUCAACCAGUCAGAACGCAGCAUUGAUAAUAGACCACUAGUUGGAUUUUACUAAAAGUCUUUCCUUCCCUUUCUGCUGCUGCACGCAAACAAAUCAUGUGCAACUAAUCAAAAAAUCAAAUACAAUAUUCACCAGACCACUGAAAAGACAGACGACGAUUAGAGGUAAGUCAGAUCGGGAGAUUACUGACGUAACUGGGCCGGGUGGUAGGUGGCCUAUGUGGAAUUAAGGACGUAUCCAACUUAAGGAUACUUCCUGUGAAAGGUGGUCCCUUGCGGAAUUAGGGAACGGUUUUUAGAUGCCCAUUUAUCGAAAUAAAAAAGGGUAUUUAUUUCUUUCCUCGGCUAUGGAGUGCUUCCAACUUGGUUAAUUUAAUCGUACAUAUAGCUAAAUCGUAGGACAUACUACACCUCUCAAAAAGUGACCUAAGGAUAGAUCUCCACUGUCGCGUAAUUUUCACGCGCGUGCGCGCGUAAAUAAAAUAGAGGUGAUGUAUGACAGGUUGUACGUUAUAAACGUAAAAGUUGAGCGAGGUUCAACUUUUGCGUUUACGCGUGAUCUCCCAUACACUACCAGUCUAUUUCAUUUACGCGCGUAAAAUUUACGUACGUAAGCACGUUAAAAUUACGCAACAGUGGAAAUCAACCUUAAGUCUACGGCACCCACAUUCUCCGAAACCCUUUAACUAAAUAUCUGCAUUAAAAAUUCGCCAGACUGAUCGCAAUACAUUUUAUUAAAGAGAAUUUGAUAAAAGAUCAAAGUAUUUUCCCUUUGAUCACCAUGACCUUUUCUCUUGUCGCCAGUUUAGGACGGGUCAGUAGUAAAGUUAACAAGUUUGCCUCCUGCACGGUUGUCAAAAAUUUACUCCAACGCUAUGCCAACCCUAAACAUUUGCUCAGGUCCCAAACGUGAUCUAAAUUAUUAAGGUAGAUGAAAGUUAAUUACUGGGUGUCUGAGCAACAAUCAUUAACUUUCACGGUUGAAGACAGUGAUGGCAGUUAAUAAAUGUUGCUUACCCAGUAAUUAUCUUUCAUCUACAGUCAACUGUCUCCAAGACAGUCACCUGUAGGACCGGGAAUAAGUGUCCUUCUUAUAAAGAGUCAAAUAAAGGGAGUAAAGAAAGGCAGGGACCCACUCUAGGCGUCCGUUUUACAGAGGUGUACGUUUUAUAGACUAAAAUGUAGGGGUAAAGAAAGGUAGGGACCAACUCUAGGUGUCCGUUUUACAGAGGUGUCCGUCUUAUAGACUAAAAUAUAGGGGUAAAGAAAGGCAGGGACCAACUCUAGGUGUCCGUUUUACAGAGGUGUUCGUCUUAUAGACUAAAAUAUAGGGUAAAGAAAGGCAGGGACCAACUCUAGGUCAGUGUCCGUCUUAUAGAGGUGUCCGUUAAGAGAGAGUCGACUGUAUUGUACUUUUUACCAGCUUCUUAGAGUUAAGAAACUUCUCUUACCCGUUUGAAGCUCUCCCAGAACGUCCAUAGUUAGAAAAAGACUAGAAAAUCAAUUGUAUACAUUAAGUAAGGAAGGACUCACUGCAAAACUUUUGAUAUCAAUGAAAAUUAUUUUCCUUUAACAGCCUUGCAAGUUUUGCAAACAGCUACAACUUCGAAGACAGUAUCUUUCGACGUUCUGCCAACCGAAGCAUCAAGGAAGGCAUUAGCUACAAACCCUUCACCUUCCCCGUCUUCAACUACUCUCGACGUUCUGCCAACGGCACCAUCUUGGAAAGCAUUUGAAACUUCACUUUACACGUCUUCAACUGCCCUGAAAGUUCUGCAAAGUACGGUACUAACUUCAACUGCUCUCGAUGUUCCGCCUUCUUUGACGCCUUGGAAAACAGUUGAUUCGAACAGAGCUUCAAAUAGUGUUAAAAGGCGCUCUAACUAUCCAGUAAGUCUGACUGAACAGGAAAUUCCAAUCCAAGCGCAUCGUAUCAUUAUACAGUACCGACGAGUAAACGACAUAUGUCACAAUCGAGAACUUAAAGUUUAUUAUUAGCUCGAUUAAAAUUAAGCACAGUUAUCAAGUACUUUCAAAACGAGUCAGAUUAGACUCUUUUUUAUCGACACGAUUCUCCCUGUAUCGCAGUUGUUAGUAGGACAUCUUUCAAACAAGCAAUAUUCGAAAUCCUCCCAUCUAUGAGAGUUUAUACGAAGUAAAGUCUGAUUUGCCUGGAGUUUUUAGGAUGCUUCCUAAUAAUUCAUAUAUUUGUUUUAAGUUGUUAGAUUUUUACAGAAAGGUGGAGUCACUUAAUCCACAAGACCCAGUCUCAUUAAAGGUAAGAAAAUCGAAAAAAGAACAAGAGGCAAUUAUCGUGGUAACUUAUCAAAAUAUAACAAAAUGAAUCAAUAGCGUGGUGUUGAAAGAAUUUUAAAAAAAAUUCAUAGCUUAAAUGCAGCUUAAGGUUGAUCACGAAUGGAAACGAAAAAUGCUAUCAGCUAAUGUGCUGUAAGAGUUUUUGGUUAGCGUAGGAAAUGCAAACGGAAAAAAAAAGUAUUCAGUUGAAUGUAAAUCUGAAGUAAUUAAAAAUGAUUAGUACUAAUACAGCUUAGUGAAAUCACGCAGUCGCACUGGGGAAACUACAGGUGAGGGGAGGGGGAGGGGUGGUCGGCACUCAAUAAAUGGGCAAAACCUGACCCCAAUAUUAAAUACCCAGGAUGAAUGCAAAAUUAUUUAUUUUUAUUUGUUUAUUUAUUUAUUUAUUUAUUUAUUAUUUUUCACAGCUUAUCACAGACGCAUAUAAAGAUUUAAUGCAUUCCAUGGAAGAAAACUCCCAAACUGCGAUUGGUGAAAGUAUAAUGUUAUCAGCAAGAGCUAUAGAAGAAUUCGCGUUUAAAUACGCCUCUUUUAACUUGAAUGCGUCAAAAAGGGAGGCAAGAAAGAAAAACCAACACAUAGGUACGAAAUACACGUUUGAGUCCUUCCUAAGUUUUGCGUUUUAGUGUCACUAUUUCUUUAUUAUCUAAUUAUGUCUAGUACAGAAAGAAUUAAAGUGAAUUUAAACUUCUCAUAAACUGACAAGUAUCUUGUUCAUAUAUUUCUUUCAUUCCUUCAUAUAGUUCUACAGGUAGCGCUGGUACCUAAGGGUGACCCAAACAAUUUUACUUUUUCCGGAGAGGGUGAUGCUGAAAAACUGGCAAAAAUAACUCUUCCGUCGUAUUUGUUUCAAAAUCAAGGUGAGAUUGCUGACAGGAACCAAUCAGUUAAGGUUGGACCAAUGUUUUUUAAAGUUUCUACUCUAAAGUAAUACAUGUAUUUUUACCUGGUCCAAAAAAGUGACUUCGAAUCUGCGCGAUUCAUAAAGGCCAUAGUGUUUCUUUGAUGAUUCUUCAAAAUAGCAUAACUUCAUAUACAAGUUUUAAGUUGAAGUAAUAUGAUUGCAUGAACAUCACCUCGGGUAAUAACAGGAAUCAGGAAUACAGCUCAAGGAUUCCGGAAUCCCACUAAUCAUUCGAAUCUGGAAUCUAAGUUCCACUGACAAAAAAUCCGGAAUCCACGGUGUAGAAUACAGAAUCCAAGACUUUCUUGAAUUCCCUCAUGGGGCCAAUUUAAACGGGAGGAUGAGUUUGAGUAAUUCGAAGGGAAAGGGGUUCUGGAAGGGUGUUUUAUCCCGGGAUCCUGGAUUUGACCAAAUACAACGCGGAAUUCGCGAAACGCUAAGUUAACGGGAUAUUGGCAUGGGUUUGACAGGAUGUGGGAUUCGCCAAAAUGCGGGUACGGGUCGAAUCGGCGGGGAUUGCAAAAGGAAACGAUAUUCUGGAUGACGAUGACAGAAGUUCGGCAUGCUAGAUUCUCAUAAGAAACGGAAGGAAUGGGAAGGAUCAGAAGGGAAUGCGGGAUCAGAACCUCCUUUCCUAGGAAAAGGGAUCUGGGGCAGACUUUCAUGUAAUAUAUCAAGCAUGAGAGGCAGUGUUUCAUCACCAGAUGAAACACUGAGAAGAGAGUUGAAAAUACGACGCGCAGCGGAGUAUUUUUGAUGAACUUCGAGGUGUUUCAUCGAGUGAUGAAAUGCUCUGUCGAAAGCUUGAUAUUGCUUCUCAAACAAAAUGAUUUUAGAAGGAGAAAUUAAGGAUGCAAAAAUGAGUAGUUUUUCAUCUGAUUUCCAAACAAUCAUGAAUUAUUGAUGAGCUUGGGAAGGAACACUCGGGGAUCUCAAAACAAAACUGCACCUUUCCUUCAGGACCCUCUAAAGAAUGUUCAGAACUUUAAUUGCCUUUAUUUCUACCCAAUGUCUUUAAAGUCGUAUAUAUUUGUCUCUGUGUUAUUUUCAGAUACUACUGUUGUUAACACGCUGUAUCUUGGUCUUGGUGAAUACGUUGAUAACUUAGUUGCAAGGUAAGGAGGGUUUAUUACAAAUAAUCCUGAUAAAGGAUAUAUAGAAAAAUGAAAAUGUGGCAUAGGAUGACGAGAAAAAUAAAUUUGAAGUUGAGCUACAACAGCAAACAUCAACAAUCAUUAUUAUUCGUUCAAAAUAUUUCCCCGAUUCUGAUUGGCUGAUUGGCUGAUUGGCUGAUUGGCUGAUUGGCUGAUUGGCUGAUUCGGAGGCCUACGGCCUCGACGGAAAACACCCUCCUUGAUCUCCAUAAUUCUUCAUAAGAUACUCAGCCUCAUUCAUUAAUUGUUAACUAUUUAACUCAAAAGUAAACCUAUCCUCCCAUUAACCAUCGUACAUCCUCAGGCCUUUUGUUCCAUUGAGUUCUAGACUAAUCAUAGCAGGUUCUUACUUAGACGCAAGGAUGGCACAGCUGCAUAGUGCGCGGCUUCCGUUGCGCGAGGUCCCUGUUUAAUCCCCGGUGAUAUCACAUCCUUGUAUCGACUUCACUUCUUGCUGUGUAGCUUUCAAUAUGCUUCAAAAAUGCAUCAAGAAUUCAUAAAGAAAAAAACAAAAGAAAUUAAUGUUUAAUUAGUGUCUUUACAUAUGAUACAGACACGGCUAAACUUUACGUCCAGUUUUUUGAGACCGAAAUAACACCAAAUCUAAAUAUUAGUGCACGAAUGAGUUGAUCUACUGUAUAUCAAAGAUAUUAAAGCGGUCCAAAAAACUCGCAGUCGUGUAUUAUAAAGUGUAAAAAACUCUCGGCUUGGCCUCGAGUUUUUAAACCUGAUAAUACACUCCAGCUCAACAACUGACAUUCAUAUUCAUGUUCAGUUGUAUUAAGGUAUGGGAAAAUGAUUGAUCAGCGGACUAAGCCAAGCUGGGAGGUACUUAGUAAUACGACCAAUGCAAUUUUUUCGGUGGGGGGUUAGCCGUUCACCCCUGUGUUGCUCCGCUAAAAACUGAGCAAGAAUCGAUGAUUUCCACGCCAAAUAAGUAUUUAUCAUCAGCAGCUACGUAACCGCGCGUGAAACUAUUUGCCACUCAAUUUGCGGGGGUCAUCCCCUGCCCUCAUACUGAAAUUUAAUCCGAUCAAAUAAAAAGUUGUACUUAAUAAAGUUUCAGGGUUAUCACUUCCCAAAAUAUUGCUUUUCCACAGGUCAUUUUCAAUUGAAACAGAAAUUACAUCCGCUUUUUUCGGCUUUAAACAAAAGUGAUUUUCAUUAGAGAAAAAGAAACUUUCGGGUUUACCUCGGUGUAAAAACCUGUGAAGUUUUUCUUUGGUAUUUUUGGAUACAGACUGGACGGUAAGCUCAACCAAAUCUUUCUCCACGUUUAUUUCAAAUCGACCCUCUUCGUCCUGUCCACAGUUCACUGCCAAUACAAAUAAAUCAAGAUAAGAAUUGAGCGAAAGUCAAAAGAAAGGCGUACAAAAACAUGUUCAGAACAGCUACAUUUUGCCGUUUAAAAGCGCCUUCCUAUCACCAAAAUAGGCCCGCCAAUCUCAAACAUGUGGGUAAUACCGAUAGCGUCGUCUUCAAGGCUCUUCUGCUCAAACAUAGCAAGACUCUAGGAAAGAAUUUCAUCGAGUCCACCGUCUAAAACUACCUCUUCUUUUUCGUAUUGAUCCACCGCCUGCGAUAGCAAAUCAUCUAAACCAUCGCUCGUCAUCUCUAAUGAAGUAAAAACGUUUUUCAAAACAACUGGACAAAAUUGCAGCAAAAGCAACGUCGACUAAGCGUUAUGGAACUCAGCUGCUGAACUGAAAAAAGAGCCUAGAAACUAAAAAUUUUAAAACCCUUUGAGAAAAGGCAGAUAUUCAUAUUGUAAUACAUGAAGGCUGCAAAUCCUAACGGGAUUCCAUACAGUUUUUCUGGACUCUUAAAUUAGCAAACCAUUCAAGCUAUUCUUGGCUUUCCUUGUUCUAAAACAAUGAAAAGGCGCAUUAAUUAAAAUCGGAUAAUGCCCUGGCCCCUUGGCCUUCUUAAAAAUAAUGACCGAGCGCGCAGCACGAGGUCAUUAUUUUUAAGAAGGCCUAGGGGCUCAGGCAUUAUCCUAUCAUUGCAUUGAUGAAGAGAGGGGGUACAUUUUAUCAGUUGAGUUACUGUUAGUUGUCAACCUAAAUUAUGGUUGCUUCACCUAUACCCUUACAAGAGAAUUUUCAAAAAUAGGCACGGCAAUCUUCAAUGGUCUAUACUCUUAUAGAUUAUAGCAAACGUAGAAUAGUCUAGUGAGUGGACAUUUCAAUUUGAUUGCCUAAUAGACCUUUUUACCGAUACGGCGGCCAUAUUGAAUUAAUUCGAUUUAAGGAGUAUUAUAGGAUGCCCAGGGGGCAUGAGCACAUUUCGUUUGUAUUUUCGAGCGCUUCUCGGGACAUUUUUUCUUAAAGUUUUCUUAGAAUAAGAUUGUAAUGGUAAAAAGAUCCUUGUGCUGUGUUUUGAUGUAUAUAAUGAUCGCCCUUUUCCCGAGAAAUAUACAGUGAAAUACCAUAUUUCUAAUACUAAACUAGAAAAAGGCGAUCAUUAUUACAUCCAAACACGGCACAAGGCUCUUUGUUCCCAUUACAAUCUUAUUCUAAGAAAACUUUAAGAAAUAAUGUCCCGAAAAGCGCUCGAAAAUACAAACGAAAUGCGCUCAUGCCCCCCUGGGUAUCCUAUAAUACUCCUUAAAUCGAAUUAAUUCAAUAUGGCCGCCCUAUCGGUAAAAAGGUCUAUUGUUUCAAUUUUCUUUUCUGAAACAGUUGGACAAUUAAAAGCUACUAAAGCUUGAGCCUCUGGGCAUUAAUAAGCGUAAUAUUUUGUAUAUAACAUAUCUUAAUUAAUUUGAUUUUUUGUUCCAUGUUCUAUAUUUUUUAAGUAGAAUCACCAUUCUACGUCACUGCCCAUCGUAGUACUGCAUAUAUAUUUCUGUAAUUUCGUUAUCUUCCUAAACCUGAUGAACUAAAAAGACUGAUAUUGGCCAGUCGAAAUAUCGUAACUACAGUCCUUUCACGUUGAUUGAUCAGUCCUUGCAGUCGUCUUUAUGACAAUAAUUUGUACUCUUUAAUUAAUUUUGACUGAUCGCGAUCGAUCUUUUCUGAUCCAAUGUUUAGAGCAAGAUUGAUCGUAUCGGUUUUUUGCAAUGAUCUUUCACCAUAACUUUUCAUUAGCUAUACUGAAGCAUCAUUCCUUUUCCAAUAAAGAUCGUCUCUAAAAUGAACGUCACUACCGAAUUAUUUUCUUACAUUUAGCUAUAACAUUUUAAACAUAUCGAAGGGUUCAAAAAUAAACCUGCCGAUGAAAUUUUUUGUACAUAUUAAUCUGCCUACAGGAGCGUCUCGCUGUAGUUUAAAGCUUCUCACAAAUUUUUACAUCGAAUGGUUAUUAACGUUUAUACAUUUAUUUUCUCGCUUCUUUUUUAACAGCAAUAAACGUAUCGAUUCCAACAUCUUAGGAAGUAGCAUUAAGCCGUACCACAAUGGAGUUUUUAGGGAGAAUGUAACCAUUGUUCUCCGAACGUUCAAGGUAAAUACGUUUUCACGCACAAGCGAUAUACUGAACUAAGCAACACUAUCAAAAGCGGGUUGCUCCCGCAGUUUUUCUAAUAAUAAUAAUAAUGAUAAUAAUAAUAGCAGUACUAGUAUGAUAACGAUAAUGAUAAUAACAAUACUUAUGAUUAUGAUUAUGAUUAUGGCAAUAGCAAUACCCAUGGGAAUUGCUAUGAUAAUGAUAACCUUAACUUUAUUAUUGAACGAAAUAAAUAUCCCUUUCCCUGCUGAGGCCAGUUUCUUGAAAGUCCCGAUAAUUAACGGAGCCCAAAAAAACUGUUUGCUGUUUAUUUUCAAGAUAGAGGUUUCAAUAGUUUUCAAGAUAAUAUAAUCAAACUAUCAGUUAACAUAGCAAAAUGAAGGGUUUGUUAGCUAAGACCCACGCUAGUGCAUUCUUUAGAUGUAAAUUUUGAAUUUGUGAAUUCCUGCCCGAAAAGUUAGGAGACUUUGGAGAAACGGACCAUAGGCCCUGUGAGCACAUGUGCCUGACAGUAGCCUGCCUGACGGGUAGUGGGACAUCGCUUUCGUGUUUCAAUACCCUCCAUCUCCAUUUACUAUCAACAGUUCAGAAAAUAUCUAUUUUAGGUUAAAAACAAAUAAUCAAAGAAGCCAAUUAAAAACAAACAAAAACUAAACCCAUUUUUUUCCAUUCUUCUUGUACUCCCAAUAUGAAGUUUACUAUUAACUACAAUGUUGCAGGGAAAUGAACACACGGAGACAGAAAAAUGUGUAUUUUGGAAGUGGAACUACUCACACCCGUAAGAAAACGUAUUUAGCUAGAUAAGCCAUUGUUAUUAGAGGAGACUGGUUAUGAAAAGCGGCAAACAUCAAUGAUAAAAACAACAGUGCUGCAGUUUAUGUUGGAAGCAUCCUGAAAGUGCACAAUCCUUUGAUUUCUGUUGGCAAAUUGUUACGGAAUAAAUUAAUGCAACGUUUUUAUUGGUCAAUACAAUCAAAAUGAUAGGAAUUCUUUUGAACGUUGUGCACUUUUAGGUCCACAAAAACAUAUAACAAAGGAGUCUGACGGGCUUCAUAACCAUUCCACUCAAUAAACUAUGGAUAAGCCAGUAUUAUCAACUGUCGGAUAAAGUUUAGUUUUUUAACAUAAUUCGGCAGUACCAGUACUAGUGGAUUCCGAUAUCCUGUUUCUUAGUUUUUUUGCCUAGCACUGAUGAAAUAUUUCUUUUGAUAAUUAUUGAGAUUGCCGAAAAUACAGGCUUACACCCAUGAGCACUUGAUAAAAAAAAUUAUCAGACAACUCUCCAAAAUUUGCAAAGGUGUAAUAGAUUUCUUCCAAGAGAGUACGAUUUCUACUAAUGAAGGCCAGUAAUUUCACUUUUCACUCACUUGAAAUAUUUCGAGUUCUUCUCCCAAUUUUUUUAAUAGGUAAGAGAUGUUAUUAUUGCACGCAUGCGCAUCACCACAAUAGCUAUUUUAUUUGCCAUUAUUCUUAGUUUGCAACCACGUGACAUGGCGGCCAAGUUGGAGGUCAAUACAAUAAAAUUCUAUUCAUAGAAUUUACAUGAAAUUCGAGUUUAGUUCCCAGACGAUAGGCAUCCUUUUGGUCAUAGCUGCCAUGACGUCAUUUGCAAACCAGGAGUCAAUUUAAUAAAGCUAAUUACAAGUGCAAGUUACAAGUGUGGCUAUAUAGCUUUUAGACGCUAAAACAAUGAGCACAUUUGAAAACCCCGAUAUCGGUGUACGGGUACGGGUAGUGUACCCGUACACGUAAAAUGUUCAUGUGCGUGACAAUUUCGAUUAAGAUACCCGAAGAACAAGCACGCAAAAUUAACUUUGUACAUGCAUGUCGCUUAAUGCAUACAAAAUCUCCCUCAAAUUCUACACUUCAUAUCUUAACAACAAGCUGCAACAAAUAAUUCAUUCAUACAUAAGCUUAUUGAAAUAUCAUAGAAUGAUUUUAAGAAACUUGGUGGGAAGUCCCUCGACCGAAAGCUUGUUAUCGCAAACCCCGCCAUUUGAUCGAGGCACAUCACCAAACAAUUCCUUUGAUUGUCAACUUCAACAGUGACUCCCAUGCUAAAUUUUUCAAUGCUAUUUCUUUUGCGAAACUCAAACGUUCGAGCAAUUCUCAGAAAUUCCCCCAAAUACCGCCACAAAUUGAUAUCGUGCCAGAGUUCAACCUGAGCACGUGAGGUCCAAAAUCAAUACAUUUUGAAGCGCUUUCUUUACAGCUAAAAUUCAAAUUUGACAAAAAUAUUUGAACAGACAUGCAAUAACAUUGCCAAGGAGUCAUACAAUUUACAUUUGUACUUAAAAAGUCUUAAAAACUUACUCGUUUCUCCAUCAUGUAGGACUUGCAGGUACUCGUAAAUCUUCUACGGGUAGACUGGUGUCUACCCCGGACAAACGGCUGGUUCUACCGGAUAAGGUCGAUGACGUCACCACAAAAUGAAAAAAACAUGGCGCUACCCGUUACCCGUACACCGAUUUCGGGGUAUCUUAAGGUCUCUAAAUGGUGACGACUGUAAUUAGGGAAUAAUUUCAAGCUCGUUUUGUCCAAAUCCUAAGAAAAUGUUUAGGAUUUGGACAAAACGCAAGUGAAAUUAUUCCCUAAUUUCACAAAUAUACCAUGUGGUUUCCAAGUAUUAAUAUCAUGGGGGACGAAGUACGUUUGCAAUCGUAGAUUUUUGACAUGUUUAUCCUGGAUUUAUCGCAUCAAUCAAGAACUCCACUCUCUAAAGCGUUUAGAGUAUUUAGCUCAAGUUCAGAAUUUUCGACAAAAUGCCCAGAGAAUCCUUCUUGAUAUGCUCUUUCGUGUGUUUAGGUUUUCUAAAGCUUCUUUUAAUGCCCUGACAUCUUCAUUCAAAACAUUGACACUGAGACGUACGGGAUGGUUGGCUGCCAUGCGGGCAGUGUUGUCUUUUCACAUGUGAAACAAGAGGUUGUGUGAAAUCAUAAAUUAACGCUGAAAUUUCGAGCAAAAAUGAAAGAGUAAUUCGUAACCCAUGAUGUUACACUUACAAAAGUUUUAUUAAAUUGUCCCCAUCAAUUAAUUUGAUAUGUAUUACAAUUCCUUUCAGAAAUAACGGCAGCUGGUCAGGUAAUGGAUGUUCAUUGGUUAAAACAAACGGCAGUCACGUCGUGUGCACGUGCAAUCAUCUGACGAAUUUUGCGAUUUUAAUGAACAUCAAGCCACAGGAGGUAAUGUGGUUGUGGGUUGAAACCAAAUGAUAUUAGUAUUUGUUAAUAUCUGUAACGUAAACUAUGAAGUACUAUGUAGAAGACACCGUUUGAUCCUGUUAGCCGAAAGGACUCAACUCAACCUCUGAUUGCCUCUUGGCGCUUUGUCAGACCAAGAGCCAUAAGGCGUUCACAAUUCUCCGCAUGCUAUCAUGAAAAGUUUUUUCUGGUUUCAGAAUUGAUUCUUUAACGGGAAUGGGAAGUUAAUCCAUCGCCCAACCCCAAAACCUGGAUACCCAAGGCGUUGCAAUUCGUCUGACAUUUCACCGAAAACCUGCCCAGCAAGUUUGAACGUGACCCACCAUGGACCAAGGUCCCCAUUCAUGGUAUAUCUUCCCAGGUCAUUAAGUCAGACAAACCUCCCUAAUACGUUAAGGUGCAAAUAAUUUCUGGAAAUUUCUAAACCCUUUUCAUUUCGUACCAAGUUUUUUAAACUAAAAUUUAAUAUCCAGUUAAUGGGGAAAAUACUAGAUCAUGAGUUAAACUCCACAGAAAACAAUUCAAGCAAUAAUCCGACAAUCAAACGGUAUACGCAGCUCUGUAGCAUUCAAUUCCAUGUAAACUCAAAACCCUUACAUCAAUCCGAUGUAAAAGAACGUAUUUCUAUACUUGCUGAAAAAUUGUAGAUGCAAACUUUAUGUUUAUUCUUUUUGUCCUUUUCAGAUCCCAGAGAAGCACAAAAAAGCCUUAGACUUUAUCACAUACAUUGGACUGGGAGUUUCCUUACUGGCAGAAACUAUUACAAUCGUUGCCUAUAUGCUACUGUUGUAAGUAUUACAAACUUGAAAUAGAGCCGCUAGUAGGAUUAUUCCAUGAGAUACUAUGUACACUAUCAUAACGUUGACAAGAAAAUCUUCUCGGCUUGUUGUUGCUGUUGUUGUUGUUUACAAGUUCUCGAAUAGCGAAGGUUACAAUUAGCCAAAAGAAGCAAUUCAAGUUUUUCAUUAUUCAUUUUUACUACGAAAUAUGCGUAUAACGCUAGUUUGCGAGUUUAAACGUGACUAGCUAUAAAUUAAAGCAGCUAUUACAUCAAUUUAAGGACCUUUUGCUUUUUCUAAAAGUACUAGAUCUCUUAGCCAAACCUUAGAAUAUUUUCUAAAAAUAAAUUUUUACCAGCAAGUAGUACAAUAGUUGACACAUAACUGUACGCUUUUUAUAUCCUCUGUAGAUGUUCAAAUAAUGACCAGCAAAGUCAUGUGCACAUGAACUUAGUUGCCACGCUUGCAAUGGCUCAAGUGAUUUUUCUGGCAGGAAUAGACGCUUCACAAGAUCAGGUGAUUAAGAGUAGUUUAAUUAUGAAUAAUAACAUGCUGAUAAUGGUAACAAAGAAUAGGAGGUGUAGAGGGAGAAGGUGGAUGGUGAUCAUGAUGAUAGAGGUGAUGACGACGAUAAUGAGGACGAAACCAAGGCGAUAACCAUGAGUGAUAACUACGAUGGUGAUGAUGUUAAUGACGACGACGAUAAUCACGAGGUUGAAGAUGAUGACAUGGUAGACAAUAACAAAUUUAAACAAGUCACUACUGCGACCUCUACUACCGCGAUUGGAAAGCAAUGCGCAUGCUUGGAAAUGACCUUUCGCUGUAGCGUCAAAUCCUAGAACGUGAAGACCUGUCUUGUGGCGUAGCUACUACGUGAGAAUAAUACUCGACUCGAAUCUGCGUUUUACUAAAAGCGAAAGCAAAUGAACGAGAAACCCCGUAGUGUCACUGUUUGAGUGCCGCUUGCUUAUAGCCGAAAUUUGGCGGCAGGCUGAGAUGACGUACUACUCUCCCUAGGACUAAAAACUUCUAAAUUUAAUGUGGUCAGUGUUAGCACGUUACAUAAAAAUAGCCGGGAGAUUUAAGGUAAUCAGAAACGGAGAAAUAUCUUGAAUCAGGUUACCAUAACGCAUCAUUCUGUUCCAAUAGGUGCUGUGUUUGACAGUGGCCGCUUUAUUACACUACUUCUGUCUGUCAGCCUUCUGCUGGAUGUUGAUCGAGGGCAUUAUGUUAUACUUAUUAAUCAUUGAAGUCUACAAUAACGAACUCAAGCUCCGUCUUUGCUACAGUUUUUCAUUCGGUAAGUCUCUUGAAGAAACACUAGUUAAAGCCGAAAAAACGGUAAAAUAUUCAAACAAAGCUGAUGCCUUUAUGACAAUGUAAAACACCUUACCUAGAUUUUGCUAAUUUGCUAUAUCUGCUGUCUGUCUCGUCUAUUCCGGUAAAAUAUAGUAUACACCAAACCUCUUUGGGUUGCAUUGAUCUUUCAAAGUGCUUAACAGUGAUGCCGGAAGUCGGGUCAAAUACUUCACUAGUUGACUUGGUGACUUUUACGCACGAGCUUACUUCCAGUCACUAAACCACCUAUGAACUCACUUCAGUGUCGUUCGUUAUCUUAAAUUCUUGUUGUGUUGAAGAUUAAUCCUUUAUUAUAAAUCUUACUAAACAAAAUACAAUUAAUCAUAUGAUGGUCAUUUUUUUGUGAACAGGUAUCCCAGGACUUGUUGUUGGAGUAACAGUGUUAAUUGCCCAUUUGGGAGAAAAAGGGAUUUAUCAAUACAAAUCCAGUAGAUGGUAAGAUUUUCUCAUUGCCUUUGCAACUGACUAUAUAGAGACUCGUAAGGAAACAAGUACUAACAUCAUGUCGAUACAGAAACUAAUCUUUUUCUUGACUCUAUGACUCCAAGCACUGCUUUUGUAAAGUUGAUAAGUAUGAAGCAAGGAGAAAAAACGCAAAAAAUUGUGGCUAAAUACCCGUAAACUAUGUGAUCGUUUGCACGAAAGUGAAAGAUGCGUUAAAUAUAACCUUGUCUAAUGGUAUAAAUUUUACAAAUGUACACCUCUGUAGUCAAAAGAGAACUUCUACUGUCAUUCCACGUCCCUUGUACUACAAUUAUUGCACUGUACUCUUUGUAAUCGCUGUAAGCACAUGUGCCUUUAGGCGCUCUGUUGAGAAUAAAGCAAGCUAUGUAUCUAUCUAUCUAUCUAUCUAUCUAACUAUCUAUCUGUCUGUCUGUCUGUUUUGUCUGUCUGUCUAUCUAUCUAUCUAUCUAUCUAUCUAUCUAUCUAUCUAUCUAUCUAUCUAUCGAUCUAUCUAUCAAUCAUGUGGUAAUAAAAAUAGAUGAAUGACCUGGCCGCCUGACACACUGUUCAACAUUUGUUGAACAGGAGCUGCAAUAAAUGCUGAACCGUGUACAUCAUGAUCACCAGCUUAAUGCUCAAUCAACUUUUGGGAUUCUUUUUUUUUAUGUGUAUACACGAAAAUUUCUUUACUGAAUUUCUCAUUAGCUAUAAAGUCAACGAAAUAUAGGUGUGCCGCUUGUAAGGUACAAGUCAUUGUUUAAGCAGAAAAUUUUGUCUUAUCUUUAUUACAAUUAGGUGCUGGCUAUCGACAGAAAAGUACUAUAUAUGGUCGUUUGCAGCACCAGUGAUAUUAAUAACUGUUGUAAGUAGCUAUCGCAGACUCCGUUUUACUGACAAUUUGUUAUGCUAUCAAUUCUUACGCCCGCAUAAAAUAUACAAACAAACAAACAAGUAAACAAAAUCCUGAUAAGACUUUCAUGUGUUCAACCAAUUUACAUCAUACUUAAGGUGAUGUUACACGGGACCAUUCGCAAAGACGAUUUUUAGCGCAAUACAGCGUUGCAACAUUGUUGCAACAUUGUUUCAAAUGGUUGCAACACUGUUCCAACAUUGAAAAGCUGUGUUGCGCUAAAAACCGUCUUUGCGAAUCGUCCCCGCGUAACAUCACCUUUAAAACCAGGAGCUACACCCCGAUCAUAGCUCUUGAUUCUACAAAUAUGCCUCAUUCUUCGCCUGAAGGACCAAAAAACUGUUCGGAGGAUGGAGCGUUUCAAACACCGAGAAGUGAUAUAAAUAGAGCCUGGCGAUAAUCAUUGGUUAGAGAUUAUUAUUACUUUUCGUUUUCGAAAAAAAGUCUCGUUUAUCAAUUUUUGUCAUCGCUACUAUAAAAUGCGUCCUCACAUGUACGACAAUAUGACUAAUUUAUAACUAGAUUUUGUGUUUUUUCUUCAGAUAAACGCGGUGGUGUUUUGUGGGGUCGUUAAGGAAAUGGUUGCUAUGCCAAGCGCACGGUCCGGAAAGUUCCAUGGAAUAAAGUUAGUGGCGUAGUUGGGCUGAAGUCCCUACUCUCCCCCUUCCGCUUCUGUUUUCAAAGCACAAGAAGGCCACUAAACGCGCCUUCAAUAUUCAGGCCUAUAUAGAGAAGGUUUGGAGACGGGGAUAGAGUGCCCGAACUUAACCCUACCCCACCCCCCUCCAAAAAAAAGCAUCUUCACGCUUGCCUUUAAUUCACUGAGGGGCAUACUGUACGCUACAAAACAUAGCUCAUUUCUUAUUGUUAAAUUAUUACCACAAGGGGCAACUGUAUAGCCAGUUAGAAAUAUAAAUCAGGUGCAGUGAAGCGAGAUUUUAGUUAAAAACUCUCGCGCCAACGCCUCUCGGUGCUGGCAAACACAAAUUUUCUGAAAUCAGUUUCUUUCUAAACAAGAGAUCCCAGAUUUACAUAAAAUCAGGGUAGUCUACAAGCUUCUACAGAAGAUAUGGCUCCAAAGUCGUUUGGGUGGAUAACGCAAGACUUUUAUUUUCUGACUCUUGAACCGAAUAACUAACUUAAGUCAGUCUCUGUUUAUUAGGACAACUGUAAAAGCUUGCAUUGUGUUAUUUCCUCUUUUGGGAGUCACGUGGUUGUUUGGUUUGCUGAGUCUCUCUAACGCUGGACUUGUUUCACAAUAUGUUUUUACGGUGCUUAACACACUACAGGUAAGUGAAGAAAUAUACUAAGAACAAUAAACGGUCUGUAUAACUCACCUAGACUUAUGGUUUCAUGGUAUACUUCACCAUUACCCCUGAGUUUAACGAGAAAAAAAUGUUCGAAGAAAAUCAAGGGAAAAUUUUAAAAAGCACUCUAAUAUGUUUGCCACUCUAAAAACUACACUGGGGGCAAGGGCUCAAGCUAACCACGCAAAGAUUGGGAUCUGUGAUCAUUUUGGUAAGCAACAUAACCAGUGAUUGCUUAAUGGUUGCCCUUGGAUUCUAUCCACCCAUCAAAGCUCACGCUUAGCUUGUACGCCCAAAUGAUUCCAUAAAUCAUUGCCCCGACAGCUUGUAACCAUUUUCCCUGCUCACAUGGAGUGGUGAUAGUCAAGUAUCCUUUGUAGAGUGAAAGCUUGCUCUGAAACGACCUCUUUUUCUGUGAUUCAUGAAUCUUACUUUAGUUAAAAUUGUUACAAAUGGAUAGAUUCUUCUCGAAAGUCUUCUUAAUCUAACAACUGCUGCACUACUGCUUGGCAUAAAGAUGUGUUGAGGAUGCAAAUUUUUGAAAGGAUGUUACUGACUUUUCAUUGAGUGUAUUCUUGGAUGGAGUUGCAGAGCCGGCAAAUGGUUUGUCUCUAUGAAAUAUAUAGCGAAUGAUAGUAAUUUUAUUAUCUCCUUCUGUCUUUUGGUUACUUCAGGGAUUGUUGAUUUUCCUCUUACACUGUAUAAGAAAUUCUGAGGUAAGUCUCUCCAAAUCUUUAAGCUAUUUCCUGAGGUAACUCGGAAAUGGCCUAUUUAGCCAUUCGAGCCUUAUCUCUCAGUGUUAAGUUCUUUUUGCUCAAAUUGAUGAGUAGUUUCUGUUCCUGACUUUGACCAAAUUUCGUUACACCUCCCCCCCCACUUCCUCAGCAACACUUUCUCGUUUCUAACCAUCGUCUCCAUCCUUGUUUAAGAUAAGAGCAGCAUGGAAUAAAAAGCUACAAAACGUUAGAAGGCAAGCCUGGCAUUUGUUUAAGAUCGGGAGACCGCCAGCGAUCUCUAGUUCAACUCCAGAGGCCCAGUCCUGCAGACAAGAACAACCACAGAUGGAAAUGAACCGAAGAAACAACAAGAUUGCACCUGUUGACGGAUAAAACGGGAAUUUGAAGUUGCAAGGAUCAUGAAGUCCAUUGAUAGAUCAAGAAAGACACCGCCGGUCGAUCAUACUCAGGCUAACGACCCGAACAGUUGAAAUUUCAAAGAAAAGAGCACUAUUGGAAUGGCGUCGCGUGCGCUGUAUUGAAGAAGUGUCCGGCAUGACACGCGGGCAGCCGACAACUUAGUUAGAAGCAGUAUAUUUGGGGAGUUACGAAGUGUAAGGUUGCUCAUACCUGGAGAUUUAAACGUCCACUAACAACUGAACAGGCGUUAAGUUAUAAGGCGCGUAUUUUAAAAGCACGUAACGAAGGAGUUGGGUAGAUCCUUUUCACUGUAUUCACCCUGACUCUGCAUUUUGAUGUA